AUGCCUAGCUACGUUACCGCAGCUAGUGACACAGGUCCUCCUCCAAUUAACAAAACCCGUCCUCCUCCAUCAACACCCGUCCUCCUCCAUCAACACCCGUCCUCCUCCAUCAACAACCGUCCUCCUCCAUCAACACCCGUCCUCCCCCAUCAACAUCCGUCCUCCUCCACCAACACCCGUCCUCUUCAAUCAACACCCGUCCUCCUCCAUCAACAACCGUCCUCCUCAAUCAACACCCGUCCUCCUCCAUCAACAUCCGUCCUCCUCCAUCACGCCCGUCCUCCUCCAUCAACACCCGUCCUCCUUCAUCAACACCCGUCCUCCUCCAUCAACACCCGUCCUCCCCCAUCAACACCCGUCCUCCCCCAUCAGCACCCGUCCUCCUCCAUCAACACCCGUCCUCCUCCAUCAACACCCGUCCUCCUCCAUCAACACCCGUCCUCCUCCAUCAACCCCCGUCCUCCUCCAUCAACCCCCGUCCUCCACCAUCAACACCCGUCCCCCUCAUUCAACACCCGUCCUCCGCCAUCAACACAUGUCCUCCUCCAUCAACAGCCGUCCUCCUCCAUCAACACCCGUCCCACUCCAUCAACACCCGUCCUCCUCCAUCAACACCCGUCCUCCUCCAUCAACACCCGUCCUCCACCAUCAACACCCGUCCUCCCCCAUCACACCCGUCCUCCCUCAAUCAACACCCGUCCUCCUCCAUCAACACCCGUCCUCCUCCAUCAACACCCGUCCUCCUCCAUCAACCCCCGUCCUCCUCCAUCAUCCCCCGUCCUCCACCAUCAACACCCGUCCCCCUCAUUCAACACCCGUCCUCCGCCAUCAACACCCGUCCUCCCCCAUCAACACCCGUCCCCCUCAUUCAACACCCGUCCUCCGCCAUCAACACAUGUCCUCCUCCAUCAACACCCGUCCUCCUCCAUCAACACCCGUCCCACUCCAUCAACACCCGUCCUCCUCCAUCAACACCCGUCCUCCUCCAUCAACACCCGUCCUCCCCCAUCAACCCCCGUCCUCCUCCAUCAACCCCCGUCCUCCACCAUCAACACCCGUCCCCCUCAUUCAACACCCGUCCUCCCCCUUCAACACCCGUCCUCCCCCAUCAACACCCGUCCUCCUCCAUCAACACCCGUCCUCCCCAUCAACAUCCGUCCUCCUCCAUCAACACCCGUCCCCCUCAUUCAACACCCGUCCUCCCCCUUCAACACCCGUCCUCCCCCAUCAACACCCGUCCUCCUCCAUCAACACCCGUCCUCCCCAUUAACAUCCGUCCCCCUCCAUCAACACCCGUCCCCCUCCAUCAACACCCGUCCUCCCCAUCAACAUCCGUCCUCCUCCAUCAACAUCCGUCCUCCUCCAUCAACACCCGUCCUCCGCCAUCAACACCCGUCCUCCUCCAUCAACACCCGUCCUCCUUCAUCAACACCCGUCCUCCUCCAUCAACACCCGUCCUCCCCAUCAACAUCCGUUCUCCUCCAUCAACACCCAUCCUCCUCCAUCAACACCCGUCCUCCUCCAUCAACACCCGUCCUCCACCAUCAACACCCGUCCCCUCAUUCAACACCCGUCCUCCGCCAUCAACACCCGUCCUCCACCAUCAACCCCCGUCCUCCUCCAUCAACACCCGUCCUCCACCAUCAACACCCGUCCCCCUCCAUCAACACCCGUCCUCCUCCAUCAACACCCGUCCUCCUCCAUCAACACCCGUCCCACUCCAUCAACAUCCGUCCUCCGCCAUCAACACCCGUCCUCCUCCAUCAACACCCGUCCUCCGCCAUCAACACCCGUCCUCCUCCAUCAACACCCGUCCUCCGCCAUCAACAGCCGUCCUCCCCCAUAAACCCCCGUCCUCCACCAUCGACACCCGUCCCCCUCAUUCAACACCCGUCCUCCGCCAUCAACACCCGUCCUCCUCCAUCAACAUCCGUCCUCCUCCAUCAACACCCGUCUUCCUUUAUCAACAAUCUUCCUCCUCAAUCAACCCGUCCUCUAUUAUUCGUAACUUGA